ACUUUCAAGUUUAUUUAUGCUUUUGACUAGUUUCUUAAUUAACGCAAGUAUUUUACAAAUCACUCACUAAAUAACCCUGUUAACCGAGCAUCUUGUUAUAUACUUAAGGUUAACCCUAACUGGGACAAUACAGUUCAGGAACUGUUUUAUAAGAUCUUCAAGUAUAGUGUAACAAAAACCGUUUGUAGCAUCAUAAUUUACAGAAUUAUAAUUUUUUAGCGAUGUAGCCAAAUAAAAGCUCUUAGGCAACAGAAAGUUCGCCUUAAAUAGUUUAUUGACUUUUAAUGAGAUGUUUUCGUAUAAUGGUAUAUCCAAAUUUAUAGCACAGUAUACGGGCUAUAGCCAAAUGAUUCCUUUGUCAGAUGAAACAGUUGGGAUGUAAAGAUCCCUAGAAAUGUUUCCGUAGCUUAGCUAGAGCUUUGUUUUAAUUUUGUGAAUACAACAAGGUCUUGAAGCAAUACAACUUGAUGAUAUGAGUUCUAUUAGUCUUUCUUAAAAUUAUUUCCUCAUUAUUUGGCAUUAAUAUCGGUAGUUUUUGAUGAAACGCUCACCUUGAUUUCCUAAGAAUUCAUCGGCUACACCUAGGUGAAGUUUCUAGAAGCCCCCACACCGACAACAUUUUGUCGAAAUCUGGCAUCAAUGCUAAUUGUUUCAUCCGUGUUCUUGCAGUUUCUAUAUUUUUGAGUUCUUUUUUUCUUGUUCCAAACAGAGAAAUACGCGUUCAAAAUAUAACAGAUUAUUAGAAACGUAUGACACUGGUCUGACUAAGAAGACUUUAAUGCCAGUCAUGAGACAAGGUAAGAUAAUAUAGUGUUUUUUGUUAUCAUGUGAAAUUUUAUAACCGUUGAAGAUGAACUCUAAUGCUCUCAUUAUCGAAUUGAACACCUAUAAACUGGUCGCCUUUUAUCUCUACCGUAACUAAAAGGAAAACUGAAACUUCAGUGUGAACUGUGUGAAGGAACUUGUAACUGUUGAUGCAAGUUCCAGCCUUGAAUUUUUAACAAAGCACUAAAAGUAUGGUUUCUUAACUGAAAGUAUCCAGAUAAAUUUAGUAUUGUGUCAUUCUCUAAGCUAAGUUAUUUAGUCGUGGAUUUCAUUGUCCUCUUGGAUGUCACCCUUGUAAAACUGAAAUAGAAAUAAUCUGUCGCCACUUUCCCACAUACUGACUGACGACUUUGAUCUCAACUGGUUAUUGCUGUACCUUGUUCUACCAUUGUUUACAUACCACUUUUAACUGUCAUUCUCUUUGAACUGAUUUUAGACCUCAUAAAUGAAAAACAAUAAAAGCUUUACAAUUAAACUACUCGGUUGAAUGAACAUAAUGCCACCAAGAUCAUCUACACGACCUACAUAGCACUUCUUUCAUCUUAGUAUCGAAGACUGUCUCUACAAAACAAGGUGUGUAAUACAUCGAAAACUACGUAUAUAUGUUGAACAUCACAUGUGCCAACUAACGAUUUUUGUCGUUGUUAAUAGCUGACUCCAUUGUGCGAUUUAUAGAUUUGUAAGCAAAGGUACAGUUUUCAUUUGAAAUCUUUAGGAGUUUCUUCCUCAGAAGUUCUUAAACCUCGGACAGUGCACUUUGGAAUUAUUGAAUAAUGAAAAUACUAGACAGCUACUAUAUCAUAACCUAGGCUUUAUUAAGCAUUGUCCAGUCAAGCUUUGCAUAGAAACACGAUCAGUACCUCAAAUUACUUCAGUGAUGAAGAUACCUUUAAACCACUAGGUUAGAACCCGAUGGUUUACACUUUAGUGUUAUUCAAUUUCCUAUAGCUAAAGACCUACACACAAUGAUAUUUCACUUUCAUUCUGAAAAGGACAGGAGGCUUGAUGGCAUGUGUUAGUCCCGGCAAUGAUGGUCUCUCAGUUGAUCCAACUUUCUUUCGAAAGAGUCGACGGGUGGAGCCUCAACCACGUGCUGAGGUAAUGAAUUUCACUCGUUGAUGAUUCGAUGGAAAAGUAGAUAGUCAGCUGACAAGUAAUUUGUCCUGGGCUUGUGAACUUUUUUUGAGUGUCCUCGUAAAUUCUCUGUUUUGAAAGACAAGAAAAAUGUGGGGAUAUCAGGUGCAAAUUUAUCACUAAACAAUUUGAAAACUCCAAUCAAGUCGCCUCUAGGUCUCCGAUAUGACAACGGAGAUAGAUUUAGCUUGGCCAAUUGAGCUUCGUUAUUCCGGAAACCAGCUUAGUUGCUGUUCUUUGAACCUUUCCGAAAAGCUCACUAUCUUUUUCUAAGCAGGAGCUAGCCGCUUGUAUGCAGUACUCAAGUUUAGAACUCACAAACACUGUAUACACAGUCAAAAACUUUUUAGUGUCGAUGUGACUAAAGGCCCUACGUAUUGACCAUAAAGUUCUAAAACCUUUGGCGGCUAUUACACGGUACUGUGCAGUGAUCUUUAAGUCUUGACUAACGAUGACUCCUAAUUCAUUGUUUGUCUGGACAACAGGUAGCUCAGUGUUAUUCAUCGUGUAUGUAUCCGUACCUUGAUGACCAAUAUGCAUCACAAUACACUUGGAGGUAUUAAUCGGCAACUGCCAGGUUUGAGAUCAUUCAGAUAAUUUUGGGAGUUCUAAGCUAUGGGUAACAUUCUAACUGACUUGAAUUCACUUAGCUCAAUGUUUCUUCUUUUCUGAGAAGUUGGAAAGAUCUUUGUUAGACGCCGUACGGAUUCACAAGUUUUCACAUCUCUGAACUUUCAAACUAAAACAAACAGCUCCCGAAAUCGCGGAAAUUUUCAAUAAUUCUCCAAGAUCCACCAGUCUGUGCUGAAUUUUGCCUUCAAACAGUAGAAAAUCUUCAUAGAAGAAUCUCAGUUGAUAAAAACAAAAAUAUUUUGUUUUAUCUGUGGUUUCACUAGACAUUAAAACAGGUUACAAUAUAUAAUGUUUAGUCUCCCAAGUUAACCUAAGUUCAUUCAUGCUGGUUAUUUUAUUAUAAUACUUAUAAUGUCUAGACGAUUAGACCAGUUUCUACCAUUACAUGGAAAAUAUUGUCUUACAUUAUGAAUUGUUUCAUAUGCAGGAAAUGAUGAAUGAGUAUAUUCCUUCAAACAUAAAUUUGACGAAGAAAAAUGGUAUGCUUAGUGUCACAAAAGGUAAGCAGCCAACAACAACAAAAGUUAGAUCAAAACUCGCAAGCAGGUAAUAAUUUCUAAUAUUUUUGAGCAUUACACCAUUUGUUAAUCUUAAAAUCAGGAAAGUUAUUUUUGAAGAUCCUUUAUGCCUGAAUGAGCUACUGGUUCAAAAAGAGGUUGAUUAUCUUAGUAAUAACCACAAUAUCAAUAACGAUCUUUCCAAUAAAACCGGUGGUAAUUUAGAAAACAUCAAUGACGAUAUUGAACUAAUUGAUUUGAAAGGAAAGGUAAGCCAUAUUUGGAGCUUAAAUGUGUUUGUAGUUAGUUAAUAUUUAUACUUUUGACUUCUUUUUAUUACAGAGUGGUUGGUAAGGUAAUAAAAUGAGCAUUAGUUUGUCCUUAAUCUGUAGAAACAAGUUAGCCAUUGAGAGGAUUUAACGGUUUUAAGACUUUGUGGAAAGUUUGAGUUCUGUGAUUUUGUGCAAGGCACUAGCGAUUAGUGCUAACUGUCAAGUUUCAUGAUCACAAAUAGCUGAGACACAAUAGUAUUUAUAAUUCGCAUAAAAUUUAGCGAUCAUUUGGAAUCCUUUAACUCUUAGUUUGUAUUUAGGUAUGCAAAAGGGGAUGCAUACAUGGAAAUACUGAACACAGUGACUAAAGGGGACUAUGCGUAUACAUGUUCACAUAAAUCAACAUAUAAUAAUUUAUUUUCAUUACCAUCUACUGGAAAAUAUCCAAAAAAUUUGUUUUUAACAAUAUUUUCAAGGUAAUGUGACAAUUCAACUUGUUUGUUAUAAUGAGUAACAAUAUUCAAAAUUGUGAACUGUUUCGCCCUCUGAUUUCAGCAUUUAGAUAACGUUAGUACGCCCUACACUACUGUCACACAACCACACCACUUUAGCUAUAUUCUCUCACAAAAACAUCUAUUAAAAGACAGAUAUAACUGUAUCUUUAAAAUCCAGAGUAUUACACGACAAAAAGAUCAUGAUUUAUUGGUGACUAAACAAACGCGUAAUCACAUUACUUAUUGCAAGUGUUCAUUGAUGAAUGGCAUUCUUUAAACAAGCAUACUCCUUUAUCCGAAUUGAUCAACGUCACAAAUUUUCGUUUGGCUAGAGUUUCGUUAAUUGCUGUAAUGGUGAAAAAUUAUGUAACAUUCGACCACUUUUAUCUUUCUAUAAUAGGUUCAAGAUUUGUCAGUGCAGUUAGAAGAAAUAUGUAAAUAUUCACGUUCACCUUUAAAUGAAAAUGAUGUAUGUUUCUGUCAUGACCUCGUUGGUGGAAAAUGCUUAUUACCACAAAAUCGUACUUAUACUGACUCUCCACGGUUACAAACCCCACCAAAAGUUUGGUUCUCUAAACCAGAUUGUUGUCAGUCGUGCACAGUACCAUGUUGUGUUAAAGCUGACUCGAGCUCUACAAAUUUAUUGAAUAAUCCGGAAAAGUUACGACCACUUACUGAUGAAGAAUUACUACAGGAUAAUUUAAAUGACAUUAGACAUCGUUUAUCAUUACUACAAGAUAAUUAUGCAUCAAAACAUUUACCAUCAUCUGUAUCAAAUAAAAUUGAACGUGAUAUUGAUGAACAUUUGGAAAAACUCAAUAAAGAAAAUUCAAUACAAAAGCAAUAUCAUGAUUUACCAACUAAUCGAAAAUCAAUAAAUCAAACUAUCAAGGGAAAAUCAUUAACUGAUCAAAAAAAAUCAGUCGAUCAUCAGUCUUUGAAAUCGAAAACAAAACCAACAAUUACACAGAAACAAUUUCAGUUAAAUCAACAAAAAUAUAGAAAAGUUCCAAAAGAAAAAUUAAUUCAUUCAUCUUAUAAUAAAUUACAAUUACCUAAUAAUAAAUUAAAAUGUGAAAAUAUAACAAAAUCUUUAAAUGAAAAACAAGAUAAAAACUUAAUAAAAAAUAUCAGCAAUUAUGAUAAUGGUGAUGAUGAUGAUGAUCCUGAAAUAACUUUGGAUAAAUUAGAAAAAUAUUUGGAAACUUCUGAUAUAAUUAUGGAUUCAAAAGUUGAAGAUUUAAAAACAAAAAAUACUCAACAAGAAACAAAACUGGACGAAACAAAAGAAAUGGUGAAUGAACUUCGUUCAGUUUAUCGAGAAAUAAAAGACUUAUUACUUAAUGUUCGUAAUCGAAUUGAUGAAAACAACAGUAUGAAAUUAGAACAAACAGAGAAAAUUGAUACAAAUACAAACUCAAACGCCUUACUAUCAAACUCCCAACCUGUACUUACUCCUGGUACUUUACUUCCAAGUAUUCGACUUGCAAUGGAAUAUUCUGGUAAAACAAUUUCACCUACAGAUGAUAUAACUCAAUUAAUAUCUAAUUUACCUGAUGAUCCUCUUGUUAAAGCUUCAACUGCAUUGUAUGAACUUAAUCGACGACGUAAUAAUCUAGAGAAUAAUCUUGCUGCUUUAGAAUCUUCACAUAAUGAUCAAUCGAUUUUCGGAUUACUUGAUUUAUUAAAUAAAGAUAAGUCAUCAGCGGAGAAAGCUCGCAUACAAGCUAUGAUAAAUGACGCAAUUGAGAAAGUUGUUCAAGAUAAAAAAUCAGAAAAAAACAACAGAUCAAUUGGCCGCAUUUCACGACUAACUCAACCGAAAUCUCAAUUAACCACUCAACCAAAACAAAUGAGGGAUACAUCAACGUCUUGUAGUUCCCCAACAAGGUCAAGAAACGUGAUUGAUUUAUUUCAUCAACCUAAAUUAUACUCUACAGAUCGUUCUCCGUCACCAGUAACGCUUACUUCUCCAUGGCGUUUAAAUAGACGAAGAGCUAAACGACCAUUAUAUCCACGUUCAGUUAAUGAUCCCGUUAGGCCACGGACAGCUGUCCUACGGUUAAGUGAUGAAAAUCUAACUGGGAUUUCUUCUUCACCAAGACGAAUGCAAAGAUCUAAUUCAAAAGUUGUACGAUUUAGUGAUCAUCAAAAUGAUGAAACAAUUGAAUCAACUACAGAACCACAACAAAUACAAUCAAAUAAAUAUAUUAAUAUGCAAGCUAAAAUUUUCACAAAACCAAAUUCAGGUAUAAUUCCAUUAGGUAUGUAUCAAUAUUCACUUGCAAUAGGAUCUAGUAAAAAAUAUAAUAAAGAAGAUAAGCUAAUUUCUACUGAUACAUCUGGUUUACUUCAUGAAAAAGGCACUGGAUUUCAUUUUCAGUCAAAUCAAUCAACUGAACAACCUUCAAAUAAUUUCAAUGCCUUAUCUCGUACGGAGUUGGAAGAUAAUAUUUUAUCACGUCUUGUUUUACAGAUCUCUGAUCAGUUAGCUAGAAAUCAAUCUCAAAGUCAUGACACUUCAUCCAAAGAAAAUUUACAACAUUUGGUUGAAACUGCACUAUUAGAACGUAUUGAAUCGAUGCUUUCUCCAGCAUCAGUUAGCCCUAAUCCAACUAAUCAACUACUACGAACAGAACAGCAGCAACUUAAAACACCGUCUUCAUCACCUGACCGGACUAGUCAUUUAGGUCUACUGGAUAUUCCUACUCCGAUGGAUAGUAUAAAUAAGAGUGAAUUACCUUAUCCAGAUGAUCUUGUUCACACAAAGAGUAAAACACCAGAACCAAAAUCAAAUUGGCAACCAUACAAUCCGGAUGAAGAAAGUAUUUUUAGAAAUUCACGAUCACCACCAAGUAAUCCCCAUCAUAUUUCUACACCUGAACCAUCAUUUGCAGAUAAUUUCAGUCUUCGAUCCAAAUUACGUUCUCAAUCUUCAAGUCCUAUAAAACAAAAAUCCGUUAUGAUUUCACCAUUCCCAUCAAGUCCACAAAAAUAUCCAUCUGAAAAAAAUGUUUCUGAGAAAUCAACUGAAUUUAAUUCACAAUCACUGAAUUCUAAUUCAACUGCUUUAAUUGAUACAAAAAGCUCAUCAUUUACUGAACAAUUCAGUCUCACUGCACCAGAUACAUUCAGUGAUGGAAUGUGGUUAUUAGAUCGUUCCGAAGGUGAAGCACCAUAUCCAGUGUCAUAUAAUAAAUUGAAAUUAAUUAUGUCUAAAAUGGAACCUAUUCGAAGUUCAACAACGAGAAGAAAUAAUUCUUUAACUCAAACAUUUAGUUUAUCUAAAAGUACUUCAAAUUCUUCACACAGUUCUUCAUCCGAUAAUACUAAACAAUUAAAACAAGAUGAAAUUAGUCCAGGACAAUUACCAAAUGUAUUAACUACUAAACAACACUAUUCAAAUGAUAAACAAAUGAAUCCACUUAACAAUCCAUUACUUCAUUUAUUAGCAUUAAAAAAUUCGAAUCAAAUUAAAAGAAAUCAACUGUCACAUUAUGAACAGGAUGAAAUGAAUAAACUAUUAAAUCAAUUAAAACAAAUUCGUCAAUAUUCUAAUAAUAAUAAUAAUAAUACUAUUAUUCAUUCACCUAGUCUUGAAUGGUUAGCCAAUCUUUCUGGUAGUCCAUUACCACAAUCGAAUUUAAAUCAAUUAAAAAAUGUUAAACAUUGUAAAUCUAAUAUGAAUUUAGUAAAUUCACCUAUUAAUAAAUUGAAAAUUGAAUCAUCUACAUCAAUAGAUGAUAAAUUAAGACAAUCAAUAAAACAAGAUCAUUCAAAUAGAUCAAAUCAUUCUACACAUGAUAGUUCGAAAAUUUCGAUGUUACGUCAAGUGGAACUUGUUCAUUCAGAUGACAGUGAAGCGACAACAAUUGAUGAUGAGACUUAUGAAGAUGAUUUUACUGGUGAACAAACUAAUUAAAAUAAGUAUUUAAGGGUGAAUACUUUUCAAUAAAAUGAUCAAGUUUGGUUGAGUGUUUCCAUGUAUGAAAAUAUGAUUUUGAUGAAUAUCAUGAUGAUAUGUUUAUUACAAAAGAUGUUUUCUUUUGAAGAUUUCUGUGAUUUCACUUACAAAAAAUCAUAAAAUUAAUUAUAAUUUAUAUAUUUCUGUUAUGUUUUAUUUUCAUUUCGUUCCAGUUAAUUGAAAAAAUUUUGAAAUCAUGAAAACACUAUUUCAUCCUAUUGUUUACAAUCAAUUCCAUACAAGCUCAUAGUGAAUAUAUAUUAUUUAUUUGAACGUCAGUAAUAAGAUCUACGUAUAUUCGUCUGAUGAGUCCCGAUUGGGAUAAGAUGCACGUCCUAGAUACCAAUGCUGGGCAUUAUUCAAAUCCGCUUAGAAAUGCUUGUG